CACUGCACAUGCGCGGCUCAGGGAGCGUGCAGCGCGGCGAUCGAAGAUGUCGGCUCAGUCAUGUGAUCAGCUGUGUCCAAUCACAGCUGAUCACUGAUCAUCAGGGCACUGAUGAUCAGUGUGCCCUGAUGAUCAGUGUGGCCCCAGAAGUGCCACUUGUCAGUGCUCAUCAGUGCCACAUGCCAGUGCCCAUCAGUGCCACGUGCCAGUGCCCAUCAGUGCAACAUCAAUGCCACAUAUCAGUGCAUACCAGUGCACAUCAAUGCCACAUAUCAGUGCCCAUCUGAGCUGCCUUUCAAUGUCACCCAUCAGUGCCAGUCAGUGCCACCUAUCAAUGUCAAUCAGUGCCACCUAUCAGUGC